UUUUUGUUAUGAUUACUUAACUCAAUUGUCCACAGUUCAUUUUACGUAUAAUAUUAUGAAUUUCUUUUGUUAUUUCUUUUCUGAUAAUUACUAAAUUUAAUAUUAUUUAAUGUUUUAUUCCUAAGAAAUAGUGUAAUGAAGGAAAUUUAACAUGAAGUGUGUUGUAGCAGGAGCUAAUGUAAAAAUUUUAGCAAAGGCUAUACAUGCAUUAACCAAAAUUGGAGAUGAAAUGUACAUAGAACCACAUGAAAAUACUUUAUCAUUUCGUACUGUUAAUAUGCCAAAUUCAGCCUAUGCUGAUUUUACAUUCCUCAGAAGUUAUUUUUCAUAUUAUGUUUAUGGCGAUUUACAAGAAAAUGAUGCAUUGAAAUGUAAAAUUUCAAUGAGGAGUGCGAUAGCUGUAUUUAAAUCUAUAAAUUUAAUAGACAAACAAGUAGAAACAUGUCACAUUAACUUAGAGUCAGAUGCAUCUGAAAUUUUGUUUAUUUUAAAAUAUAAGAAUGGUAUUACUAAAACUCAUUUGUUGCCUAUAUUAGAUUGUGAAGUAUUACAAACUACAUAUAAUAAGGAUUCUGCAUCAAUUAAACUUUCAUCUCAAUCGCAAGUAUUAGGAGAUGCAAUGCAAAAUUUUCAUCAAAAUUUAGUUGAAAUAACACUUGAAGUUUGUGCACAAAAGCUAUUAUUAAGAAAUUAUGUUGAUGAUACCUCAGGUUUAUCAAAUACAAUACGAACACAAUUUGCACUUGGAAAGGGAGAAUUUGAUCGAUAUGAUAUUGGUAGUGAAACAUCAAUUACUUUUUGUGUAAAGGAAUUUAAGUCUUUCUUAAAUUUCGCAGAGUCUGUAGUUACACCAAUUAGUAUAUAUUUUGAAGAAGCAGGAAGACCUGUUAUAUUUGCGUUAAAAAAUCAAUCUUUUGAGGUGAAUUUAGUGUUGUCAACAUUGUGUUCCGAUUUAGAUAGUCAAGCAGAAACAAUAUUAACUAAUAAACCACAAGAAACAUCUGUAAGAGGAAGGGCAAAAAACAAACGAGUUCCUAAGAGAAAUAAUAACAAAUCUAGUAAUAAAAUUCAAGAUAAAUCAAUUAAAUCUACACUAGGAAAUGAUAUUCACAAAAAAUCACAUCCACAUUUGAUGGAAGAACAGAUAAUACAAGCUAGUACAUCUACAGAAGGUAACCAAAAUGUAAAUAGAAUAAGCAAUCUUCCAAUAGAACAAAAUAUUGAUGAAGAAUUUCAAACUUCUUCGUAUAAUUCUGAUAUAAUUACGAACUUUAAUAAAACGACUAUAAGUGGGAAAAAAUUAGUGAAUUCUCCAUUUCCUACAGUAACAAAAAGGAAAUCUAAUAACAGUGAUAUUAACAAAGAAGAGAAUUUGGAUGAUGAUCAAUCUGAUCUAUUUGAAGACAAAAUUCCAAAUUCGCCAUCUCCACCAAAUAAAAAGGCUCGUUUAAUUUUCCAAAAGUGCUUUCAAAAGACAUUUGAUCCAAGAACAUUGCCAGGGUAUGACAUAAUUUUGGUUGAAGAUUCAGAUGAGAAUUCUGACAAAUAACUUUUCAUAAUCUUUUCUUUUGUGCCUUAAUUAUGAGCUUAGUAUGAGAUUACUUUAAUUUAUUAGUCACUAAUUUUAUUUCAGUUAAUGCAAGUGUUAAUAUAUAUCUAUGAAUACGUUUAUUUUACAGAUAAAUAUGUACAAUAUAUAUACAUAAUAGGUGUUUUAAUAUUUUCAAAAAUAUCAAAUAUUUCUGUAAUACA